GUGAACUCUACCAUGCUCUUGGGGAAAGAACUUUGGGAUAGCUCAUUGCUAAUUGCCAACAGUAAGUUGCUCUAACGUGGUUGGUGAGAAGUCCCCGAUGCAACAUCUUCUUCUAGGCUUCAGGACUCAUGUCUGUUGUACUGCGUGAAGAUAUAUAGGAGCGAAUGUCUUCUCUUGCAUCCUUCUUGUACAUCAGGAAGACUUUGAUCAAGGACAACAGAUCAAUUCGUUCAUCGCCGCUGUUCUCAAUCUGCUUAGGAAGUCACACUCCCACCUCCUUCAAGCACUCCACAUUGCAGCUCGAUCCGGUCCACAAACUCGAUUGUUCUGUCAACCAAACUGGAACCGAUUCAACAUGACUACACCCAUGACUCCUCAAUCCCAGGCCAAUCCUCAGUCAAGCCCACCCCGCAUCUUGACUGCCGUCCAGACCAAGAUAGCAUACAACGUGGGAACACUGAGUCCGACCUCUCAAAAGCAUGCUCAAGAAGGCCUCUGCGAUGGCAGAAUGUCAAUGACCCGCUGUUACAAGCACGACGAUGACUAUUACUUCGAACUGCAAGAAAAAAUCCGCGUCAAGGUUUCUGACGAGGAAACUCCCACCUGCUCGAGUUGCUCAAACUCCGAUGGUCGUGCCUGUCGACACAUUUGGUGGGUCAAUGAUCAGAUCUUGAACACCAAAGUUGCUCCUCACGAUAAAUCUCGCGCUCAAUACGAAAUUUCUCGUGAUGGGCAGGCUGCUCGUGAGAAUGGAAGAGCAAAUCAAGAGAAGGAAGGAGAACCUUUCAUGUUUUACGACUAUCUGGAUGAAACGGAGCUUCCUAGGGUUGCAAAGCUCGGAGGUUGGUGGAUGCAAGACCCCUCAGAUCGACGAGAUUUGAUGUUGGUCGAACAAACCGCCGCAAACAUUUUGUCGGCUUUUGAGCCUUGUGGUAUUCUGUCCAAGCAGCAUGGCCAAGACAAUUUUGAGAUGUUGCAACGCGAGUCGCAAGCACUCUUUGCACGAUACAGAAACGAAAUGAUCAGACAGGUCAAAUCGGCCCCUUUCCUGCUCAUCGCUCUGGGAGCAGCCGUACCUGAAGCCGAGCGAGACUUGCUCCAUCUCACGAAAAUCCACAGCCGCAUCGAACGUAUCUUUUUCGACUUCGGAUACUGGAGAGUGAUCCGCUCGCCCAACGAGAGCAAUCUCGAUGCGACCGCAGAAGCUCUCCAUAACGAGAUUGGCUACCUACAGUCCUUUGUCCUAGAUCCCCGUCACUAUGUACUCCGGACUCAGUCUCAAGGAUAG